AUGAACGUCAACAAGACCAGAGAGAUGGUGAUUGACUUCAGGAGGAAGAAGAUGCUUCCACAGCCACUACAGAUCAGGGGGGAGGUGGUGGAGGAGGUGGAGAACUACAAAUACCUCGGAGUGGUGAUCGGCAACAGACUGGACUGGAAAUCUAACACAGAGGCUGUGUACAAGAAGGGGCUGAGCAGACUCUAUUUCCUGAGGAAGCUGAGAUCCUUCAAUGUGUGCAGCAAGAUGUUGGAGAUCUUCUACCAGUCUGUUGUCGCCAGCGCCAUUUUCUUUGCUGCUAGCUACGUCACAGGGGGCGGGGCUUCUCCUGCUACAUGUAGCACAGACCAGACCAGGAUACCGAAACCAGGACCCGGACCCUCACAGACCAGGACCAUGACCCGGACCAGGACCCGGACCACAGAGACCAGGAACACCGAGACCAGGAGCAGGAUGGGGGAUGAUCAGGCAGGGGGGGCGGCCAGCAUGCAGGAUCAGGUCUUGGAGAAGCAGUUCGGCUGUGAUCGCUGUGGGAAAAUGUUCCGGCGCAGGAACCACCUGAAGAACCACCAGAGUGUCCACACGGGGGACAAGCCGCACAAGUGUGACCAGUGUGGGAAGGGGUUCGCCCGGGCCGGGUCCCUGAGGAUCCACUACGGGAUCCACACGGGGGCCAAGCCAUUCAGCUGCGAGCAGUGCGGCGCCACCUUCCAACACAAGACUCACUUCAGGACGCACCAGGCGCUGCACGCUGGCGACAAGCCGUUCAGCUGCGAUACGUGCGGGAAGUCCUUUGCCCUGGCGGCGUACCUGAAGGAGCAUCAGCGCCUGCACGCCGGCCGCAAGCCGCACCGAUGCGACCGAUGCGCCGCCACCUUCUACCGCCGCUCCACGCUGACCCGCCACCAGCUGGUGCACACUGGAGAGAAGCCGCACUGGUGCGACCUCUGCGGGAAGAUGUUCGCCCGGGACUACGCCCUGCAGGUGCAUCGCCGCCUGCACACCGGCGAGAAGCCAUACUGGUGCGAGGAGUGCGGGAAAACCUUCACGUCGUCCAGCGAACUCAACAACCACCAGCGUGUCCACGCCGCCAGCUAAAGAGUUCACACGAGUUGAACUCUCUGGUUUUAUCUCUUCAGUAGGGCUGCACAGUUAAUUCAAUUUUAAUUGUGAUUAUCGUGUGACCACGAUUUUGGUCGCCACGAUUAAAUUAACCUGAUCGUCAGCGUUCUCCCCUGAAAAAAGCCUGGUUGGAUAGAACGCUAAGCAGGACGUGACGUAGUACUCUACACAACAACAACACGCGCCAUUUGUAAAAGCGGCGAAGCAGUGUUGCCAACUUGGCAAGUUUGUUGCUAUGUUCAGCGACUUUUCAGACCCCCUUAACGACUAUUUUUCUAAAAAGCGACUGGUGACAAAUCCAAUGACUUUUUCUGGUGUUAUUGGAGACUUUUGGAAAUGGACGCGGGGCUCGUUAAGAGUAAGAACGAGUCGAAUCGGCACAGUCCUCCUGCAGCAGUCUCUCCCAGCUGGAGAGGUGGAGGGGAUGUUAACCCCUUAGUGUCCAGUCUGCAAACACUGUGCACACACUAAAAAUGGUUCCUAUUGUUUGUUUAAAAGUAGUGCAAUAAAAAUACACAUGUUUUUCCCUUACAUGAUGAAUAAUCGUGAUUACAAUAUUAAUCAAAAGUAAUCAUGAUUAUCAUUUUGGCCUUAAUCAUGCAGCCCUAUUUCUCAGUUUAGUUUCUUCUGUUUUUUUAUUCUCUGCUGAAGGUUUUUAUCUGACAGAAUGUGUUUAGGGUCUGUAUCACUUUAAGAUGUUUCAACCUGAAUAAACGAUUUGUGGUGCUAAAACAAACGUUUGUUUCUGUCUAAGGCUAGUCGAUACGGACCAAAAGUCAUAUCCUGAUAUAUUUAGGCUGAAUAUCGAUAUACGAUAUAUAUCCUGAUAUUUUUAUCACAAAGUGAGAGCAAAUGUUCAGUCAAAGCCAAAUAUGACAUGUCACAAGUAGUUUUAUUGAAACUGUUUAUUUAAGUGAAUAUAAAUACUGUAUAACAACAGGAGAACCUUUUUUAAAAAGCUCCAUAAAG